UUUACCGACACCUUACAUCGCCAUGAACGGACUAAGCGGUUUCUUCGUCUUGGCUCUGGCGGCCGCUACCGUUGGUGCCCAGUGCCCCGACAGCUUCUUCGAGGCGGAAGGAGGAUGCUUCCAAGUCCUGGACUCCGAGGCAACGCCGAUCUCGUGGGAUGACGCCAGAGAAAUGUGCAUUGGGCUGAGCGGCAAUGGGUGGAGUGUGGACUUGGCUUCCUUGGACACGACCUCACAGCUCGAGGCCUUCGCUGAGGCUUGGGACACUGUCGGAGCGGACUACAGGCCCUACGGUUACAUGUGGGUGGGCUUCACUCGUGAAACUGGACAGUGGGCCAACUUAGACGGAGUGCCCUUGUCCACCUACUCCAACAUGUGGCGGGAAGGACAUCCACACGACAUGAACAUGCACGUGUUCAUCGAGGACGUCACAACGACUUCCGGUCAACAAUCACAUGGACGAUUCUAUGCUUCAUGCACGAUGAAUGAGACACUCGAGAGGGCACUGUGCCGGGCCUUCCCCGCAGCCUAAGCAACUUAAAAUAAAUAAAUAAAUGAUAUAUAUAUGGUGAA